GCGGCAGGACGGGCGAGGCGGGUCUGGGACCCGCCGUCCCCUCGGGCUGUGCGGGGACAGCCUGGCUCGGCCCGCGACAGCGGUCGUGCAGCGGGUUAGAGCGCUGCGUCCUCGUGUUCGAAGCAUAACACGGCGGAAAUAAGCAUUCAACUGCUCCAAAGAAUGAAGACGCUGCUCAAAGAGUACCAUGACUACCUUCAGGAGAUCGGCAGCAUCAUCAUGCAGGCUUGUUUGGAGUGAUGCUGUGAAAGCAGCUCUGGAAGCUGCUAUGAGAAAGAAGAUUGAAUUUGAGAAAAAAGCAUUGUCUAUUGUUGAACAGCUCCUGGAAGAGAACAUUACUGAAGAGUUCCUUCUAGAUUCUGGAAAGUGUAUUACUCCAUCUCACUAUAAAGACAUUGUUGAUGAACGGUCUAUCAUCAAACUAUGUGGUUAUCCUCUGUGUCAAAAUAAACUGGAAAAUGUGCCAAAGCAGAAGUACAAGAUUUCAACAAAAACGAACAGGGUUUAUGAUAUCACUGAAAGAAAGUGCUUUUGCAGCAACUUUUGCUAUAGAGCAUCUAAAUAUUUUGAAGCUCAAAUUUCUAAAAGUCCAGUAUGGAUGAGAGAAGAAGAAAAACCACCAGACAUAGAGCUGCUGAAGGAGGGACAGAGUGGACAGUCUGGAGAAGAGGUGAAACUACGUGAUGAAGUAAUCAAAGCAUCUGACAUUGAAAAUCCUAGGAUACCUUCAGAGCCAUGUGAAGCUGGUUCUCAUGACACAGCCAGUGAGAGCAGCAGUGAUAAUGAGCAAGAAUUUAUUUCGUCCGUCCUACCAGGAAGUCAGUCAAGUUCAGCCAAUUUUACACAGCAAUUGCCCAGAAAAAGCAUCCUCAAAAAAAAGCAUGCUCAGAAAGUCUAUCCCAGCCCUAAAACUGAAGAUUCAGAUGUGGUAGAAGCCACUGAACAACUCUCUCAUUGUAAAUUAGAUGCUCAGGAAGAAGUGCAUGCUUGCUCUGUUCAUAAUGAAAUAACUGCGCCACCUUCAAAAAAUACUGCUCUAGGGAAAUCAAGUGCUUCACAAAUCUGUGAAAAUACCUGUGGAUCACAAAUAGUUUUUCUAGGUGUGAGCAAAAGAGGGGCAGAACAUCUUAGAAGAACACUAGCUAACUCAACAGAAUAUAGAAAACAUGAACUGAGGAAUCCAGUUAAUUCCAAAGGCAGUUUACUGGAAGUGCUUAGGCACACACUUACGGAAUGGAGAACUGAGGAAACUUUAAAAUUUCUCUAUGGCCCAAACUAUACUUCUUUGUGCUCAUCAGAGUGCAUAGCACCUGCCAGCCAGGAGACUGAAGAACUUGAUGAGGAUGACUUAGAUACAGCUGAUGAUCUUAACACUGUUGCUGUAAGAGAGUCUGAAAACAGCUUGAAUUAUUCUUUACCUUUCACAGGCCCGGGUGGAAUAGUUAAGCCUGUGCCUAGUUACGAAAAGUUAAAAGAAGAAACGGAGUUCCUAGAACUCCGAGUGAAAGAGUUCUAUAAAGGGAGGUGUAUCUUGGCUGAAGAGGCAGCAACACAUUCACAGAAAGAGGAACAUCCAAGCACAGACAAAGAUGAUCAGCACGAAGAUCUCACCUUCCCACUUGUUGAUUCCAAUGCACAAAUGCAGAUUAGAAAGCGAAUUGUCCUUGAAAAACUGAGAAAAGUAUUACCUGCGGUUUUGGGCCCUCUUCAGAUCGCUCCAGGUGAUGUUUACACAGAGCUGAAAAAUCUUGUCAAAACUUUCCGGUUGACAAACAGAAAUAUUAUUCACAAAAUGCCUGAAUGGACUCUAAUCGCUAUUGUUUUGUUGUCUGUAUUGUCACAAACUACUCCACUUUUCAAGAAUACUCAGACGAGCCCAGUGUACACACAGUUCCUGACCACGUUGCUGGAAGAACUGCAUUUCAAAAAUGAAGAUUUGGAAAGUUUAACAAGAAUAUUUAGAAUGGACUGACGACUUGAAUGAAUAAUGAUCAUCUUAACAUCUCCUACCACCUGAAAUAGUUGCACAGAGAAUAAAAGAAUACCUUCAAUUGUUUGAACUUUUUUAAAAUGAAAAAUAUAGUUUAGUAUGAAUUGUA